AUGGAAACUGCUGAGAUAUCACCCUCAGAGGAACAGCCAGACCAAUCAAGGAGACAGGCCAUUACCUCCGUACCUUCUGUCAUGACCACCAGAACUCCAUUAACCAUCUACGAGCCUCACUCUAUUUCAGUGCAUACUCUGCUAACCACCUCCCCCUCCUCUCUUUCCCUGAUCUGGAGAACCUUCCGAUGUCCCAUCUGUUAUCCACUGGUUCCAGGAGAGCAAGAGGGUCAGGGACUCAGCACAUCAGCACUUAAAACAGGCACUCCGUCAGGGGAUCGCGAGAUUCGGGAGUUCGUCAAGGACUUCUCGGCGGUCGCGAGGGAGACCGAGUUUGGUGAGGCCGAACUAAAGGUCAUUUUUGACGGCUGCCUCACCCACUGCCUCAAGCCAACGGAGAGGGAGAUGCUGAGACCCCCGGAGUUUGGCGAUAUGGUCAGGUACGUGAUCAACCAGGACGACCCCUUGCCCGCAGUCCCAGCCUGGGGACUCAACACCUUCCGCCUCAAGCUCCACAGUCCCUGGCCCUCCUGCCAGCAUCCAUGGCAAAUACAGUUAUCAUUGGAGAACAUUUCUAGUGUUUUUGAAUUUCAAUUGUCUGGACUGAAUGAAACAAUGGAAAACAGAUAUGUGUUUUUAUCUUUGACUGCGCUGUAUUAUCCUCUAAUGGUUUUGUGUAAUGUAGCUGUAAUUUUCACUAUUAUUUCAUAUCAGAAGCUUCACGAGCCAAUGUACAUAUUUGUGUGUAAUUUGUGUAUGAAUGCACUUUUUGGCACUGCUGGAUUCUACCCUAAAUUCAUGUAUGAUUUAUUAUCUGAAUACCAUGUCAUUUCAUAUGCUGGUUGUCUGAUUCAGAUAUUUGUCAUUUAUUCAUCUGCUUUGUGUGACUUUUCAACAUUAACAGUGAUGGCAUAUGACAGGUAUGUGGCAAUAUGUAGACCGCUGGAGUAUCAUGCAAAAAUGACCAAGCAAAGGGUUCUUCAGUGUAUAUUGUUUUGCUGGCUGGCUCCAUUUUGUUGUAUGUCUGUUCUUAUUGCAUUGUUAUCCAGACUCACCUUAUGUGGCUCGAGUAUUGAAAAGCUAUAUUGUGAAAUUUGGGCCGUUGCAAAACUUUCUUGUUUUUCUAACACUGUAAAUAAUGUGUUUGGGUACAUUGUAAUUCUUGUAUACUUUGGUCAUGCGGUAUUGAUAUUUUGCUCAUAUAUUCAUUUGAUUAGAAAGUGCAGGAAGUCUAUAGAAGUCAGACACAAAUUUGUACAGACGUGUGUACCACAUCUGCUCUCAUUGUUCAAUGUGACUUUUGCUUUGCUGUUUGAUGUAUUUUUCAGCCGCUAUGGUUCAAAAAGUUUGCCUCAAGGCACACGUAAUUUCAUGGCACUGGAAUUCCUUGUCAUACCCCCCAUUUUAAAUCCCCUCAUUUACGGACUAAAUCUGACAACAAUACGCAAACAAGUUAUGCAACUAUUUUUCAAGAAACAAGUUGGAAUAUCUGAGUGA